GUACAUCCUAAUGACGUUCUAUGAUUUUUAUAUAUUUUAACUCCAACUUGACUUCAUUUUGUAACGUCUCGUCACCGUUCAAAUAAUGACUCAGCGUUUUUUAAUCAUAUUGUCGCGUCGAAUGAAUCCAAUUUCAUCGAUUUUGGAGGCAAGGGAGCUAAACUGAAUAAUUACCAUGCACUUUAUAAAGUGCGCGGAGUGACGAAAAAUGCCGGACCAAUCACAACACUCCGGCCAGCUUCAGGCUUUAAGUUCAGGGUGGUCAAGCGUUCUGAUUUAUAGCGAAAAAUUUGGUGGAAGUGUCAAGAGACUCGUGUAUUUGCAAGCUGUAAUCGGAGUGUUUCAGCGAAACAUGGCGCACUACAAAGGAGCAGCCAGCGAAGCUGGCCGGGCCAUGCAGCUGAUGAAGAAGCGAGAGAUCGCGCAGCAGGAGAUAGAACUGCGAAAGAAGAAAAUCGAAGAUGACCUGAAGAUACAUAACAUAGAGAACAAGUUCGCCACCCAUUACAACGCCGUCGAGCAACAAUUGAAGACCUCCACAAUUGGUCUGGUCACGUUGAACGAGAUGAAGGCAAAGCAGGAGAACAUAGUGAAGGAACGCGAGAGGAAGCUCGCUCAGAAAGAACGCGAGAGGGAACAGGAAAAGGAACGGGCGUUAGCGGCGAAGCAGGCGGAGAAGAACAAGCAGAAGAGGCAGAUUCAAGCUUUGUCCUUCAAUCUGGACGAGGACGAAGCUGAAAUUUCCGACGAGGACACCGAGGAAGAAUCCACGAGAUCAGAAAGCGUGCAGUCUAACGAUCUGAUCAAGAAGAUCAAGAAGAAUCCGGAUGUAGAUACGAGUUUCCUGCCGGAUAGGGAAAGGGAGGAGGAGGAAAAUAAACUUAGGGAGGAAUUGAGGCAAGAAUGGGCCAGGAAGCAGAACGCGCUGAAGGAAGAGGAGAUUGAGAUCACAUUCAGUUACUGGGACGGCUCCGGCCAUCGUCGGAGUGUCAUAAUGAAGAAAGGUAAUUCCAUCUAUCAGCUUCUUCAGAGAUGUUUGGAGGUUCUGAGGCGCGAAUUCAGCGAGCUUAAAACAGUAAUGGCUGAUCAGUUGAUGUACGUCAAAGAGGAUCUUAUAUUACCGCACCAUUAUACAUUCUACGAUUUUAUCGUAACUAAGGCACGAGGAAAGAGCGGGCCCCUGUUCACGUUUGACGUUCACGACGAUAUUCGAGUUAUGCACGACGCCUCUGUCGAAACUGAGGAAUCGCAUGCUGGAAAAGUGUUACUCAGAUCGUGGUACGAGAGAAACAAACACAUUUUUCCAGCGAGUAGAUGGGAACCCUUCGAUCCAACGAAAAGUUACGACAAGUAUACAGUGUCGGAUAAAAAUAGGAAAAAGGAUAAAAUGUGAUAAACUUAAAAAUCAACAGACUGACCAAUUUCGUUUGAAGAAUUCUCAAACUGAAAUUCAAGAGACACUGUAAAAUAUAACAUUGAUGAAAAAUUUUGUUUCGUCGUAUAAUUGAUUGUAAACAGAUUGUAAUAUAAACCUGUAUAUAUUGUCGCCAUGUA